AUGACACCAUUUGAAAUGAACAAUCAAACAGAUGUAACAGAAUUCAUCUUCUUGGGAUUUUCCAACCACCCCAAACUACAGGGUUUGUUUUUCCUGGUUUUCUUGAUCGUUUACCUGACAACCACUGCAGGGAACAUGCUCAUAAUAACAGCCACUAGAAUCAGUCUUGCUCUCCACACUCCAAUGUAUUAUUUCCUCAGCAACCUGAGUUUCUUAGACAUCUGUUAUACAUCCACCACCAUUCCAGUCAUGCUGGUGAACUUCUUCCGGGAGAAGAAGACCAUUUCAUAUGAGGGCUGCCUUUCCCAGAUUUUCUUCCUCGUGACAUGUGCUGGCACUGAAUGUGUCUUAUUGGCUGCUAUGGCAUAUGACCGCUUUGUAGCCAUUUGCCACCCUCUUCAAUAUCCAGUCCUCAUGAGUGUGAAGGUCUGUGUUUUUUUGGUGACUGGGUCCUGGCUGUGUGGGCUGUUGAAUUCUGUGACACACACGGUACUGGCAGCCACACUCACGCUCUGUGGACCCAACCAAAUCAGCCACUUUCUCUGUGACAUUCCACUGCUCCUGAAGCUCUCCUGCUCAGACACCUCUCUGAAUGAAUCUGUGCUCCAUGUGGCCAGUGCCACCAUUGGCCUGAGUCCCUGCCUGUUUACUGGAGUGUCCUACAUACUCAUCAUCUCUGCCAUUCUUAGGAUUCCCUCUGCUCAGGGUAGGAGCAAGGCCUUCUCUACCUGUGCAUCCCACCUUACUGUGGUUGUGGUCUUUUAUGGAAUGGCCAACUUCAACUAUGACAGACCCAGAGAAGGUUACUCACUAGACAUGGAUAUUCUGGUCUCUGUGCUCUUCUGUGUUAUAACCCCUAUGUUGAACCCCAUCAUAUAUAGCCUGAGAAACAAGGAGGUCAAGGGUGCCCUGAGGAAGCUGGCUGGAGGGUAUGUGAUUCCUGGCAAUAUUAGUGUCUAA